AUGUCAUCUGACAAAGACAAGAAAAGUUCGCCAUCUGACGAAUUAUUAAAAUCAAUCGAUUUAUGGUUAAAAUGGGAUCAAUGUGAUAAAACACGAAAAGAAAUUGAAGAAUUAAAAAAGAAUUCGAAAUGGGAUGAUUUACAAGUUCGUUUAUCUCAUCGAAUUCAAUUUGGUACAGCUGGUCUUCGUGCUAAAAUGGGAAGUGGAUUUGCAUUAAUGAAUGAAUUAACUGUUAUUCAAGCAACACAAGGUCUUCUUCGUCAUGUACAAACAACAUUUGAAAACAAAAAAGAUUCUUUAGCUGUUGUCAUUGGUUUUGAUGCUCGUCAUCAAUCACAUCAAUUUGCACGUUUAGCUGCUGCUCUCUUUGCACAUGAAGGUAUUCAUGUUUAUCUAUUUGAUUCGACAACAGUUCCCACACCAUUUAUUCCAUUUACGGUCAAACAACUUCAUUGUCAAGCGGGAAUUAUGGUAACAGCAAGUCAUAAUCCUAAAGAUGAUAAUGGUUAUAAAGUCUAUUGGGAAAAUGGGGCACAGAUUAUUUCACCAUUAGAUGCACAAAUUGCACAAUCUAUUGAACAAAAUUUAGAACCAUGGAAAGAUAAAGCAUGGAAUUUGGACAUUCUUCAAGACAAAAACUCGAAAUUAAUUUCUGAUCCAAUUGAAAAGAUUCGUGAUUUAUAUAUGUCAAAUUUAUCUAAAUUAUGUUAUUUUCCUGAGUUGAACGCAUCAACACCAUUGAAAUUCGUCUAUACACCAGUUCACGGUGUUGGACAACCUUAUGCUGAACGUGCAUUUGCUGCAUUCCAUUUUCAACCAUUCAUAUCAGUUGAUGAACAGAAAAAUCCUGAUCCGAACUUCUCUACGGUAAAAUAUCCAAAUCCCGAAGAAGGAAAAGAAACAUUGGAAUGUGCUAUUCGAACAGCCAAUAAGAAUAAUGCUGAUUUUAUCAUCGCUACAGAUCCUGAUGCUGAUCGAUUUGCACUUGCAGAACGAGAUCCAACUGGUUCAACUGAAUCAGGAUGGAGAAUUUUAAGUGGAAAUCAAUUAGGAGCUUUACUUGGAUGGUGGCGUUGGUUUACAUGGAGAAAUCGAAAUCCUCAUGUGAAUGUCAAAGAUGUUUAUAUGCUUUAUUCAACUGUUUCAUCACAUAUUCUCAAAUCAAUUGGUGAAGUUGAAGGUUUUAAUACGAUCGAUACUCUCACAGGAUUCAAAUGGCUUGGAAAUCGAUCAAAUGAACUUAUUCAUCAGAAAAAACAUGUUCUCUUUGCUUUCGAAGAAGCCAUUGGAUUUAUGUGUGAUCCCGAGAAUGUCUUAGAUAAAGAUGGAAUAUCUGCAUUGGCUAUUGGAGCAGAAAUGUGUGCUUAUCUCAAGUCAAUUGGUCGAACAUUGUGUGAACAACUUAAUCAAAUCUCAUUACUUUAUGGUUAUCAUAUCAAUAACAAUUCCUAUGUCAUUUGUAAUAAAACUGAUGUCAUGAUGAACAUGUUUGAUCGACUCAGACAUUAUGAUCAGAAGAAAGAUCAGAAUGCACAGGUAAAUGUUCUCACGUUUCAUUUUCUUAGAGAAAAAGAAGACAAUGAUUUUAUUAUUCUUUCGAAGAAAACGAACCAAGGAGAAAAAAGUGAAGCAAAGAUUCUUGUUCAAUAUUCAAAUAAGAUCAAAUCUCAUCUUGGUGCCAAUGAAAACGAAUCGAAAAAUGGACAAGAUGAAGAAUAUGUUUAUCCGAAAUCAUGUGGAAAAUAUCAAAUAACUGGUAUUCGUGAUUUAACUGUUGGAAUCGAAGCUGAUUUUCGUGGUGAAGGAAAAGAUGAAAAACCCACUUUACCAUGUUCAUCAGCAACACAAAUGAUCACAUUUUAUUUUGAUAACGGUUGUGAAAUUACAAUUCGAGCAAGUGGAACUGAACCAAAGAUUAAAUGGUAUUCUGAAAUACGUAAAAAGAAAGAAAUAAAAAAUCCAUCGGAAGACAAUCCAAUGAUUGACGAUGAACAAUUUCGAAAAGAAACAAAAGAUGAACUUGAUGCUUUAGUUGAACAAGUUGUAGAAGAAUUUUUACAACCAAAACAAAAUCAAUUAAUUGAAAGAGAAACAACUGCCAAAUAA